AUGACUACGUUGACAAAUGUAUCAAUAGCACGCCAGGAAAUAGAUCGUGUCUAUGAUUGGCUUGUGUCACUGUCUGAUGAAUAUGAUCUAAUCUGGUGCACAAAGUGGAAUUUGGGAAAAGCACUCUACCUCUUGACAAGAUAUCUAGCAUUCGUGGAUAUGUCGUUUGUACUUGGUUUUCUAUUUCACAGUGGGUUAAGCAUCAAAGAGACUGACAACCUCUUACUUAAGGCGUGUAGAGCUACUCUCACAGUGACUGUUACCUCUAUUGCAAUUGGGAACCUUGUUGCUAAUGCCAUUGUGCUACUCCGGGUUUAUGCACUAUACGGGGGUGCACGUUACAUGUCUAUUAUAAUAUUAUUUAUUCUUAUUCUUGGCUUUGGUGUAAUAUGUACAACACAGACCUUGCUGUAUAAGGACAUUAUCUGGCAGUACAGGCUCCAGGCUACAGAUAUUGUUCCAUGCCCAGUUACAGAGAAACUCCAUGAUUUUUGCUUCCUAGAGUAUGUGUGGCAACUUAUUGUAGAAGUCGUACUCCAAGGCGCUGCAUUCCUUGUACUUUACAAAGGAAUAGGGCAAUGGAUGUACCCUAACUUGAACAUAACAGGCAUGUUGGCAUUCAUAUGCAUGUCAACUCUGGCGUUCGCAAACGCUGUACUUGUAGCACAAUCUGGCGAUUUCCGUACCCUCUUAUUAGAGUUACAUCGGGUGGUUCAUACUGUCAUCACUUCCCGUAUGAUUCUUAACAUGCGGGAGGUAUCGAGAAUGCUAGAACAUCAGGAUGACGACGUGUUACCUCCGAGUCAGCUAGUAUUUGCAAGCAGUCCUGCAGAAGAAUGA